AUGCCUCUGCCCCGACGCCGCUCUUCCUUCCUGGGACAGCCGUCCUCCGAGCGCCCGGCGCCCGCCUCCUGCGGCCGUAUCUCCGCGUCCGGCACAGCUGCCCCCCGUGGUGUCUUCGUGGGCUCCGCCCCCCCUGUGGGAGGGGCCUCAUGCCUGGGGACGCGUGUGUCCCGGCGCGCUCUGGGUAUCAGCAGCGUGUUCCUGCAGGGCAUGAGGAGCAGCGCGGCGCCGGUGCUGCCACGGGCUGGGGAGCGGGCGGCAGGUCACGGGGCAGCGGCGGCAGGACUCAACAGUUGCCUGAUGGAGUACCGGGACAAAGUGAGGGCACUGGAGACACUGAACCAGCAGUUGGAGGAGCAGAUCCGCCUCUGUCUCGACCGCAAGGCGUCCAGCGCCGGGGCCUGGGGACCGCUUCGCCGGGAGUGGGAGGACGUCUACAGACAGGUUAGGACAGGAGGGCGGGGACAGACAGCUGAGGACAGACAAGUGGGGACAGAAGGGUUAGGACAGGAAGAUCAAGUCAAACAAUUUUUUUUAUAAAACCCAGCAAUAAUGGUAACAAUAUCAUAUUACAUAAUAGUAAUG